GGAUUCCAGAGCUCGUUUUAUUCCUCAGCAGCCUUUCUACAGACUGGUGGAUUCGGUCACAUUUGGAAAUUGUGAAACUGUGGUUUGUUUCAGAAAGAGAAGAAAGGAGAGUUUAAGUAUUGCUUUAGCAGCAGAUGGCUUUGCUUUGGAUUCUUUUAUACACAAAGGAGAUGUGUUUGCUGGCUUUGUAACUAACUCAAAAAGGGAAAAGAAAAAUUGUUAAAGGAAGCGUGGAUAUGACUUGAAUUUUUCAUCAGGCUCUCAACGCUAUCUUAUUUAUUACUAGAGGUGAAGAAUGACCUCCUUCCAGCUAGUUUUCCAAUAAUUCCUGCUUUAAAAAGGAAUUAAGGUUGGAAACAAUCUCUUUCUGGCCAGAAAGCUGGUUGGGAGAUGCCUCACGAUGGAUAAAGCCAUUCAGCAUUCCAGUGAGAUUCUGCCUAAUCAAACUAUCUCUAACAUUAGCUAUUCUCAGUUUUUAAACUUUGAUACAUGCCAACCUUCCCUCCUUGUAGAAUUCUUGCUUGUUGCAGCCUACACAUUAGUUACAACAGUGGGACUUUUUGGAAACCUUUGCCUGAUUAUUAUAAUAAAGAGACGGAAAGAAGCUCAAAAUGUUACCAACGUUUUGAUUGCCAACCUCUCUUUAUCAGAUGUCUUGAUCUGUAUCGUGUGUAUUCCUGUCACUGUUGCAUAUACCUUAAUGGACUACUGGAUAUUUGGGGAGGCUAUGUGUAAAAUAAGUUCUUUCAUACAAAGUAUAUCUGUCACAGUCUCCAUUUUCUCACUUGUACUGAUUGCUAUUGAGAGAUACCAGUUAAUUGUGAACCCACGUGGCUGGAAACCUAAUAUUUCACAUGCUUACUGGGGAAUUCUUUUCAUCUGGGGGUUUUCCCUUGUAAUAUCCAUUCCUUUUUUAAUAUUUCACCAAUUAACUGAUGAACCCUUCAAACAUCUGUCUUUCCAUAAUGAUUUCUACAAGAACAAGGUUGCUUGCAUUGAAGCAUGGCCAUCUGUUACAGAGCGACUGAUUUUUACCACUUCUCUGCUGGUUUUCCAGUACUGCUUCCCACUGGGGUUCAUUUUUAUCUGCUAUCUCAGAAUAUUCGUAUGUCUUCGAAGGAGACAUAGCAAAAUAGACAGGAUGAGAGAGAAUGAGAGCAGACUGAGUGAAAACAAAAGGAUUAAUAUGAUGUUGAUAUCAAUUGUUGUGACUUUUGCAGCUUGCUGGUUGCCACUCAAUAUAUUCAAUGUUGUUUUUGACUGGAACUAUGAGGCACUAAUGAGCUGUAACCAUAAUCUAGCAUUUACAAUAUGCCACCUUGUGGCCAUGAUCUCAACAUGUAUCAAUCCCAUCUUUUAUGGAUUUCUCAAUAAGAAUUUUCAGAAGGAUUUGAUAGUACUAAUUCACCACUGCAGAUGCUCAGCAUCACAAGAAGAAUAUGAAAAUAUUGCCCUCUCAAAUCUGCAAACCGAUGCAUCUAAGGGAUCUCUGAAAUCAAAUAAUCCUCUUGUGGUUAUCUAAAAUAAUCCAACAGCAGUUUCCAAAAUUUUGUAUUUUGUUGCAUAUGACCUCUUUCUAUGGGUCUUGAUCAUGUUACCACUUAGUUUAGAGGAAGUCUUUGCCAUUUAGUUCAGCAAAAUCAGGGUUAUGUUCCCAUAGGCAUAGUCUUAGCAGGUACUUUAUGAAAAUAUUAAUGCUAAUAAACCACUUCCAAGAGUCCUAAAGAUCAAUAAUAAUGAAUUAUAAGCAGUAUUAAUAUAUUGGGGUUUUAAUCCAUAAUUUCCAAGUCACUGGCAUACUACCUUAUCAUCAACAAAAAUAUUUCCAUCUCAGCCACUGAUGCAGUUGUCCUUCCUAAACACCUGGCUUCACCCAGGUAAACCAUGAACACUAUGUCAUUCCUAUCUUCAUCAGCCUUUUCAUGGACUGUUUCCUGGACUUUUAAUUUUCCAGCCCUACAACAUUUCCACCUCUGGUUAUUCCCCACAACAGUUUAUAGGCAGUUCACACUGUAAGGAAGGCACUUCAGGUUAUCCCAAGCCUCCACCACCUUCCUUUCAGCCCCAUCAUGCAGCUUGCUUUGGUUUAGUGUCAGUUCAGCCUAGAAAUUGUAUUUUAACAAGGGAAAAGGCUAGAGUUGGAAUUUGGUUUUUUUGUUUGUUUGUUUUUGGUUUUUGGGUUUUUUUUUGUUUUGUGGUUUUGGGUGUUUUUUUUUUUUUUAAUGAGCACUAAUACAGGCUCCAUUUGAUGUACAGUAAAUUCCACUCAGAUUGAUGUUGUUCAAGAUGAAAUAAAUAGUUAGCAUUUCUCCUAAAAGCAUUGUAUUCUACUGCAAAUUACCAGUAUAGAUCAUUGCUUUCUCUAUUAUCAUCAUCAGUCGUCCUUAAAACAGACCUUUUAGAAUCUCCAUUAUCAAACAAGCACACUGAAUUCAGAGUAAAUUUUGUUUUAGCUACUUAUCCAAAUUAUGGGUUCCUCUGAGUAGAAAAUUAGGUUUGCAUUUCAAUUUCAGAAAUAUCUUUCCCCACAUUUCUGCACUAGCAAGAGGCCAAGCUUGAGGCAGAUGUGGUCAUUUCUUUCGGACUGUGUUUGAAAAUAGUUUCUUUUGUAACACACUGAGUAGAAGCCUAAAGGUGUGAUACUGAACACAGUUUUUCUCAAAGUAAAACAUUUUUUAAAACAUUUUCCAGUUUGGCCAUAAAAAAACAACCAAACAUAUUCUUUAUCCAUGCUACAGUGCCAACAUAAGUGAUCAGCUAAUAUUGGGCUGUUUAAAUAAAAUACGUAGAACACUUUAGUCUAACAACUCACCAUAUUUUAUCUUGUUCUAGUUAAAUAUAAUUAAUCACCUGUAUUGCUAAAGCCCCUUCUUUUAAGUUACAAAAGUCACCCUUGUUUUAACACUUGUACAUAAAAUUUCUUGUAAUUUAGUCUCUAAAUUUAGCAAUUUACUGAUGCCCCACUUAAGCAAAAAGAAUUAACGUUCAGAUUACAAUCAGCUCCUUGAUGAUUCAGUCAUGAUGAAACUUACCUUAAGGCUGUAAAAUUCUCUUGGAUAGGGACCAUCAUUUUCUGUAGUCAUACAGUUCUUACGGGAUUCUGUCAGGGCACCAUUCUCUUGUUCUGUUGCUAUAGCAUCAAUGCAAAGGUCAGAAUUACUCACCAGAGAAGCUCUGUGAGAAAAGCCUGACAAGCUCUUGCAGCUAUGCUGGAUUGUUAAAUGCUUUCUGACUCACAUGGAGCAAAAAGACCCCACUAAAAUCUGUCAGGGCCCAAUCUCGUUGAAGUAGUAAGAGCAGCACCACACACAAGGACAAGGAUGGCAGAAUUAGUGACACGGUAAUCUGAGUGACAGGUAAAGAUUAGUUUUGGCAUAAUUUAGUAUUUUUUUUCUAAUUAGAUCAAAUAUCAAAUCUGUGAAGUACAUAAACUAUAACUUAAACACCUGCCUUGGGCAUCAUAGAAAACAGGAACACAUAAAUACCUAAUAAAGGCUAAUGAUCAGGUUGUCGAGAGUGUCUCAGUAUUAAUUAUAGUCAUUAACUCCAACCCUCAGUCAUUGGGCUCCCUUUACUGCUGAUACACACCAGCUGCUUGCUCAGCACAACAGGCAUUUAAACAAGUAGAAAGCAGUAACUUACAGUCAAUGAUGCUGCUGACAUACAGUGAGUAAUCAGAGAGGCUGCUACAUGCUUGGUGAAGGGGAGGUGAUGGAGUUGGUUCUCUGAUCCAUCUGUGAGAGACCAGGGUAAUAAAGUGAUAUAUUAUCUCUGUUUCACUUACUUAACUGAGAGCAAAUCCAAUCCAGGAUUUUCACUUUUCUCGGAGAUUCCAGUACCCGUACAGAAAAGGAUUUAAUAUUGUCAGAUCAUUCACCGAACAGAGAAUUUUAACAAAUUACAGGGGCAUACCUGUGAGAGGCUGCGUUAUCAGAUGGAUUUCUCUGAGUUUGGAAUACAAAUCUCUACCACUAUCUUCCUCAUAUUUAAGCACACUGUUUACAGCUUCAGGGCCCAGGCUUAAAGCAAUUUACAAGCAUAUGACACUCACAAUCUAAUGUAUUAAUAUUAGACACAAUAGUUCAGAUUACUCUCACUUCUCAUUGCAGAAAACAUCUCAGAUGGUAUUUAGUGUUUGAAUCAGGCCCAGCUGAGAUUCCCAGGUGUGAGCUUGGCCUAAGUGGCUCCCAUCCCAUAGGCAUGACCAAGUGUACUUAGUUUUACAGCAGGGGUCUUUUUAAUAUCGUGCCCCAAGUUGUUUAAAUACAGACAUAAAACAAGCACUAGUCUAAAUUGUGUGGUGAGUGGGCCAGCAGAAACCUCCGUGACCUUAGGCGAAGGCCAGUGAUGAUGAUGGAUGGUGGCCCUUUGCUGUCACUCACUACAAGAGCCUGGGCAGUACUAUCUGCAGCAUUAAACAGAAAAAAAAAAAAAAAAAAAAAAAAAGUGGCUAUUGCUUUUGUAGCACCAAUUGUCUACUCCUGCCGUCCUGAUCAGAGUUAAGCAAUCAAUUUUUCCAGUCUAAAUCUUGGCAUAAGAGGGUUCUUUGUUACCAGGUGGAAGCUCUCUGAGCUGUGAGACUGCUUCAGAAUCAAAUGUGAAUAAUAAUACUUGUGCCUUGAUUUCUUCUUGUCAUUCCUUCCUUAGACUUCCAUUUGGCUCAAGUGCUGAUGCUCCAUUUCUGUUCUGAACAUUGACUUAUCAAGUAUCUCUUUUCUUAAUGCUGCACUUUUAAAAAUCAUUGCUAACUGAACAGAAUACCUUCACUGUCUUAAAGAUGUCGCCCUUCACGCUGCAUGUUCUCUCGUUACAUCCACUGGCUUUAUAUGCAGUCUGAUAUCUAAUUUUCAGAUACGUCUAUAGGAGUGAAUUGGCUUUGAAAGGAAUUGGAACAGACAAAGAGAAAUUACUUAUCUUUAAUACAUAAGCAUUAGGGACUCCAAUGUGGUGUGUGAUGAUGAUGUACGGAACUGUGCAAUAAGCAAUAUUUAAAGAUUGCUCAAGUCACAGUAUUAAGCUGACAAAUGUUGCCCUGUGUUAGGUAAUGCCGAUAACUUUAUUUUCCCUUAUUUUACUGGUAUAGCAAGUAGACAAAAUUGUAACAGCCUUGCUCAUCAGACUGUCAUUACUUGAUGCAACCGGAUGGAUGACUGUGAGUUUCCUCGGGGGAACAGAAAAGUGGAAUUAAUUAUGGAAAGCUAGAGGGGAAACCUGAACUCCAGAAUGCUAUCCAAAUGUACAAACAAAAUCUUAGCGGUGAUGUUUUUUUAAAAAACCUGCAUCAGAGCUUUGUUCAAGUGGGUUGGUCAUGUAGACCAGACCAAUAUAUUUAUAAACAUCCUUGUAAAUGAAUAGAUCCUUUAUGUAUUUGUAUUUUAUGGUUGAUUUGGUUUAACUGUAAGCACAUAUAGCUCAAGUUAGAUAUUUGGAAAACAGCAUUCAUUGUGAAAAUUAUUCUGUUGAACAGAGACCUCAAUUGAUUAUUGACUGUAAUUAUGUAGGUGGACAAAAGCAGUGCCAUUGCUCUGUGUUAAAUACUUUGAUUCCUCCCAUCUACUGACAAAUAAAUAUUACCCUGUAUAAAACUGCUACAUUGCCCAGCUGUUAAAUUUUACUGCCUAUAAUCUCGAUAGGACAGUUCUUUCUUACACAAACAGUUCUGAAAACUGGUUUAGUAUUUCACAUGUUCUCCUAUUAGAUAAACAGAGAUAAGUUGAAAAAGAUAUUUGUUGUUUGUAGAAGAGAGAAGGACUUAAAAACAGUUAGACAACCUUCUCAGGGCUCACGGUGCUAACAUACUUUUUGGUGGAAAAGGACAGAGUCAUAAUACAGGGAGGUCUCAAGUGAAUUUAAGCCUCAAGGGCAAAGCAACUUUUUACUAUGUUACUUUAUGAUUUGUACUCAGAUAUAAUCAAUGUGUUUGGAAUACUGUUUUCUUAGACAUUUUGCAGAUACACUGAAUAAUCUGUGCAAUUUGUCAGAGUGGAAGUUUCUCUUCAGUGGCACAGAAAACACUAUCUGUAGCACAAAUACUGAAAGAGCUCUUCUGAGGCACAGCAUUGCAGCCCAGUAGGUACAGAUGUGUUUCCCAAAUAGCAUCUACUACCAUGUUUUAAUUCAUCAGUAUCCAAGUAGGAGAAAGAUACUUUUGGCUUAAGCCAAAAUGUUCAUACCACAUUUACUUGCAUUAUCAAUAUUUUAUCACAUAUGGUAAAAACUCCUGGCAUUUAUCAAUGACACAUAUUAGUGGGACAGAUUCCAGCCUUGAAGAUGAGAUGCUUUUAUUUCACUCAACCCUGAUCCCCUACAAGUGGCAAAUAAUACCCAGGUUCUAUUUCUUGUAUUAUAUUUUUUAAAGUUUCAUCACAGCCGCAUCAAUUGCAAGGCAAGAAUAUUUCACCCUGACAUAACUGUAAAUUAACAUUGCACUAAACUGUUCCACAACAGGCACAAUUCUGAAAAAUUUAGGUUAGAGCUAACCUUCAUGGAGAUAAAUUUUGCAUCUAAGAUGUGUCUGAAUCUUACCCAGACUCUAGAAAGAUAGAAAUUAUGGCAAGGCAGGUAACUACAUGCUUACAGAAAUGUGGCCAUAUAAGGUGUCCUGGGUU